AUGGCAUCAGGCGUGGAGCUCAUACUCUCCACAAUAUGCAACUCCAGCUUUUGUGAAGCCGUUUAUGAUAACCCUAACUUAGAUUCGGGAUUGACAAACAAGCAGAAUGAAAUGCUUAGUAUGGCAAGCAAUCUGAAUGGAAAACAUUUGAGAAUUGGAACUUACAAUAACUAUCCGCUUAGCUGGACGGAGAAAGAAAGUAAUGGCACAAUCACAGGACAUGGCGUCGCUUUUAUGAUAGUGGAUAUACUGCGGCGAAAAUUCAACUUUACUUUUGAAGUAAUUGUGCCUGAGAGGAACUUUGAAAUCGGUUUCGGGAAGCCUGAAAACUCAUUGAUCAGUCUCGUUAACAAUAGUAUAGUGGACAUGGCUGCGGCGUUUCUACCUAAACUGACUAGGUUCAACAAGAUGGUGGCGUUCUCGAACGAUCUAGACGAAGGCGUGUGGAUGAUGAUGUUGAAACGGCCGAAAGAAUCCGCCGCCGGUUCGGGCUUGUUGGCGCCUUUUGACACGUAUGUGUGGUACCUUAUAUUAGCGGCAGUAGUAUGUUACGGACCAUGCAUAACGUUCCUUACCCGCAUGCGUUCAAAGCUGGUUCAGGAUAAGGAAAGUCCUAUUCAGCUGUCGCCGAGCAUUUGGUUCGUGUAUGGGUCCUUCAUCAAGCAAGGGACUAACCUCGCUCCGGAUGCCAACACUACGCGUGUUCUGUUUGCGACGUGGUGGAUUUUCAUAAUACUCCUGUCGGCGUUCUACACAGCCAACCUAACCGCGUUCCUGACCCUAUCCAAAUUCACUCUGGACAUAGAGAGCCCCCAAGAUCUCUACAAGAAGAACUAUCGCUGGGUGGCAAUGGAAGGUGGAGCUGUGCAGUACACUAUAAGAAAUCCCGACGAAGACCUCUAUUACCUGAACAAGAUGGUCGCUAACGGUAGGGCCCAGUUCCGCUCAGUGACAAGAGACCAGGACUACCUCCCGAUUGUGGAGGGCGGUGCGGUGCUGGUGAAGGAGCAAACUGCGAUUGACCAUCUGAUGUACGGCGACUACUUGAAGAAAGCGAGAGAAGGUGUCGCCGAAGCGGACAGGUGCACGUACGUGGUCGCACCCACGGCGUUUAUGAAGAAACAAAGAGCUUUCGCAUAUCCGACGAACACCAAGAUAAAAUUCCUAUUUGAUGCUGUGAUAACGAACCUACUGCAAGCUGGUAUCGUGGACUACUUGGAACACCGUGAUCUACCCACUACAAAGAUUUGCCCCUUGGACCUCCAGUCAAAAGACCGACAGCUUCGAAACAGUGAUCUUCUGAUGACGUAUAUAAUUAUGGGCGUCGGGCUAGCCGCUGCCGCAGCCACAUUUAUUGGAGAAGUACUUAUCAAGCGAUCGGUAUUUGUGAAAACAAAGCCGCACGAGGGGCAGAUAGAUAAAAAGCAAAACAAGAAAAAAUCAAAGGUCAGGUUCAACGACCACCGCUACGACGACAGCAGACCACCACCGUAUGACUCUCUUUUUGGUGGGAAAUCACGAUAUAAAAUCACCGAACGAACCCUUAGGAAAACCAUAAACGGAAGGGAAUACUGGGUAGUUGAUGCCGCUAACGGGACCAGGCUUAUACCAGUUCGCACGCCUUCGGCAUUCCUGUAUCGA